AAGGAUCAAUGUAAUAUCUAAGGGGUUAUGUAAAUAUCUUUUGUUAAAAGUUACGAGAAGAACAAGAUGUUAUGAUGAGAAUAACAAGGAAUUCUAUAAAUAUCCAAUGACCUACGUCUUCAGCAUGGAGAGUAUAAUAAUACAUACAUACACAUGCAUGAACAUCAAGUUUUGUCAAACAUAGUACACAGUUUUAUAAUUUAGGAAUGACGACUGAGGCUGAAUUUCUACCCAUUAUUAGGCUUAGACUUGAGGCUGACGAUACAACCGCAUUUCUUCGGGCAGCACGAUCUGGGAAUCUUGAAAAAAUCAUCGAAUAUCUCGACACCGAUUUAGAUAUAAAUACAGCAAAUUCGAACGGUCUAAACGCAUUGCAUUUAGCAUCGAAAGAUGGACACGUUGAGAUAGUAACGGAACUUUUGAAAAGGGGUGCAAAGGUCGACGCUGCGACAAAGAAAGGCAAUACCGCAUUGCACAUAGCAUCUUUAGCUGGCCAAGCAGAAAUAGUUAGUAUACUUAUUCAAUAUGGUGCCGCGGUUAAUAUUCAAUCACAAAAUGGAUUUACACCAUUAUAUAUGGCAGCCCAAGAGAAUCAUGAUCAAGUCGUCAAAUUAUUGCUUAGCAAUGGAGCCAAUCAAAGUCUCGCUACGGAGGAUGGAUUUACUCCACUUGCUGUGGCAAUGCAGCAAGGUCACGACAAAGUCGUCAGUGUACUAUUGGAAAAUGAUUCCAAAGGAAAAGUUCGAUUACCGGCAUUACAUAUUGCCGCUAAAAAAGACGAUUGCAAAGCAGCCGAUUUACUUUUACAAAACGAUCAUAAACCUGAUGUCACAUCUAAAAGUGGUUUUACACCUUUACACAUUGCUGCUCAUUAUGGUAACGAAGAGAUAGCACGUUUGUUAAUUAAACGUGGUGCUGACGUUAAUUAUUUGGCUAAGCACAAUAUAAGUCCCUUACACGUGGCAGCUAAAUGGGGUAAAAAUAAUAUCGUCAAAAUCCUGUUAGAAAAUUCGGCACAAAUCGAUGCAAAAACGAGGGACGGUUUGACUCCGUUGCAUUGUGCUGCUAGAUCCGGACACGAGGAAGUUGUAAACACGUUACUUGAAAAUUCAGCACCUAUCAGUGCUCGUUCCAAGAAUGGUUUAGCACCUUUGCAUAUGGCCUCGCAAGGUGAUCACGUUGAUGCUGCUAGAGCAUUAUUGUAUCAUCGUGCACCAGUUGACGAAGUGACCAUCGAUUAUUUAACUUCUUUACACGUAGCCGCACACUGCGGUCACGUUAGAGUAGCUAAAUUACUUUUGGACAGAAAAGCCGAUCCAAAUGCAAGAGCAUUAAAUGGUUUUACACCGUUGCACAUUGCUUGCAAGAAGAAUCGUAUCAAGGUCGUCGAAUUAUUGCUGAAACAUGGCGCAUCGAUCGAAUCUACGACUGAGUCCGGACUGACUCCGUUACACGUGGCCAGUUUUAUGGGAUGCAUGAAUAUCGUGAUAUUCCUACUACAACACGAAGCCAAUCCCGAUGUGCCAACUGUUAGGGGAGAAACACCCUUACACCUGGCAGCUAGAGCUAAUCAAACCGAUAUUAUUCGAAUUUUGUUAAGAAAUGGAGCCAAAGUUGAUGCACGUGCUAGGGAACAACAAACACCGUUGCACAUUGCAUCAAGAUUGGGUAACAUAGAUAUAGUUAUGUUACUUUUGCAACAUGGUGCAGCUGUCGAUACUACGACGAAGGAUAUGCACACUGCAUUGCAUAUUGCAGCUAAGGAAGGUCAGGAGGAGGUAGCUGCAAUUCUAGUGGAAAAUAAUGCAUCUGUAAAAGCAACAACGAAAAAUGGUUUUACUCCACUUCACAUAGCUGCCAAGUAUGGCAAUAUGAACGUGGCAAAGAUACUUUUGCAAAAGGACAGCAAACUUGAUGCACAAGGAAAGAACGAUAUUACACCGUUGCAUUUGGCUUGCCAUUACGAUCAUCCAAAUGUUGCAAAUCUUUUAUUGGAGAAGGGUGCAUCCCCACAUCUUGCAUCACAAAACGGACAUACACCUUUGCACAUUGCUGCUCGUAAAAAUCAGAUGGACAUUGCUUCAACUCUGUUAGAAGGCGGAGCGAAUGCUAAUGCCGAAUCUAAAGCAGGAUUUACCCCAUUACAUUUGAGCUCGCAAAAGGGCCAUUACGAUAUGACGAAUUUACUUAUUGAACACGGGGCUGAUCCAAAUCACAAAGCUAAGAAUGGUUUAACAGCAUUGCACUUAUGUGCUCAAGAAGAUUUCGUCAGAGUUGCAUCGAUUCUCGUUAAAAAUGAUGCCAAUGUUGAAAGUCAAACCGAAACUGGUUACAGACCGAUUCACGUUGCAGCACAUUUUGGAAAUCUCUCGAUGAUAAGAUUUUUAUUAAAACACAAUGCUGAAAUUGAUGUUAGAACGGCACAAAAUUAUACACCCUUGCAUCAGGCUGCACAACAGGGUCAUGCUCACGUUGUUAGCGCACUUUUAGAAGGAAAUGCAUCGCAUAAAGCACGUACAAAUGAUGGCUUGACAGCAUUAAAUAUUGCUCAAAAAUUAGGAUAUAUAUCGGUAAUGGAAGUAUUAAAAGGAAUGCCUUAUGACAAUUUAGCAGCACCUGACAAUAAAAAUUGGGAAGAAAAAUACAAAGUAAUAGCACCGGAAAGUUUGCAAGAAACAAGUCUGAUGUCUGAUUCCGAUGACGAGGGUGCUUCCGAUGCGUUGAUCAGCGAACAACCAUACAAAUAUCUUACAGCGGAUUUAAUGAAAAGUUUAAGAGAUGAUUCAUUGCCAAUCGAUGUUACUAAAGAUGAUCCAAUACAUAGACAAAUUACUAAAGAAGAAAAACAAGAAUUCGUUCAAAGUAAUAAUUAUUGCUUGGCAGAAAACUUUGACAGUAAUGACGCAUUGAAUUUAGGGAGACUUCAUUUCCGAUCAUUUUUAGUGAGUUUCCUCGUGGAUGCACGUGGUGGUGCAAUGAAGGGUUGCAGACACAGUGGUGUUAGAAUAAUCGUACCACCCCGUAGAGCAACUAUGCCAUUAAGGGUUACAUGUAGAUUAAUUAAACCUAGUAAAGUAGCUAAUCCACCACCUUUGAUGGAAGGUGAAGCUUUGGCAACGCGAAUCAUUGAAAUGGGUCCAGUUGGUGCAACAUUUUUAGGACCUGUUUUAAUCGACAUACCACAUUUCGCAUCGAUUCGUGGAAAAGAAAGGGAAAUAAUUAUAUUAAGAAGUGAAAAUGGUGAAACAUGGAAGGAACACGAUAAUUCUAUAGAUAACGAUGAUACUUUGUUAAAUACACCACACGAUCCUCAAAUGAACGCAGCACAUUCUGGUAGAAUAACACGAAUAAUAACGACCGAUUUUCCGCAAUAUUUUGCGAUAGUAACUAGAAUCAAACAAGAGGUACAUGUAAUAGGAUCCGAGGGUGGUAUUUUAAUGUCAAGUGUGGCAAAUGACGUUCAAGCUGUAUUUCCACCUGGUGCAUUAACGAAAAAGAUCAAAGUUGGAUUACAAGCCCACGUCAUCCCGGCAGAACUUACGGCUAAACUUUUAGGUAAUUGCGUAGCAGUAUCACCGGUAAUUACAAUUGAGCCAAGAAGACGAAAGUUUCAMAAGCCGAUAACUUUGACUAUACCGGUGCCACAAGCUGCAAACAAAGGAAUGAUUAAUCAAUAUGGCGGAGAAACACCAACUUUACGAUUACUUUGCAGCAUUGCUGGUGGUACAAGUGAAGCUCAAUGGGAAGAUGUCACUGGUUCAACACCAUUGACAUUUAUGAACGAUCGUGUCUCAUUCACGACAACAGUUUCAGCUAGGUUUUGGUUAAUGGAUUGUAGAAAUAUUAGUGAAGUUCCAAAAAUGGCGACAGAAUUAUACAAGGAAUCAUUGUUUGUACCUUACAUAACGAAUUUCGUAAUAUAUUCGAAGAGAAUGGACACUCUUGAAGCUACUUUAAGGAUAUUGUGCAUGACCGAUGGUAAAGAAGGAAUGCACACAUUGGAAAGACAAGAAGAAUUUUUAGAAAUUGUUAAAAGUCGUGACGUUGAGGCUUUACAUGGAAAGGAUCUUUACAUAGAAUUCAGUGGUAACCUAACACCAAUAACAAAAUCAGGAGUACAAUUGAAAUUUACAUUCAAAGCAUUCCGACAAAAUCGUUUAUCGUUUCACGUUAAAGUUAAAGAUCCAUUAUUGGAUCCCGUUGCAAGAAUGUUGUUUAUGCGUGAACCAAAAGUUGCUAAAGGUGAACCACCGCAACAACCAAUUUGCGUGUUGAAUAUCGUUUUACCAGAGGUUACCACCAAAAUUGAAAUACAGAAGAAAUUAACAGCUUAUGAAGAUUCAAAUAUAAUAAGUCAAAAAAUGGACUUUUACAAAUCAAAAUAUGGUAUGGAACAAAAGGAAAAAGGUGAUCAACCAAAAGAUACUUCACCAUCUGAAGAAAAAUUCAUUGCUGAUAAUUUGCAGAAAGAACAAACAGUUGCAGGUUUUUUUAAGUUGAUUAGUAGUUUGCACUUAAAAUACGCACGUUGAAAAAAAAAAAUAAUAAAAAGUAUAAUAUUAUAAUAGUUAUUAUUAUUAUUAUUAUUAUUAUUAUAUACAUAUAUACAUAUAUAUUUAAAUACGUGCAACACAAAAUAGAAUCAAAAAUUGAACUUAUUAUGGAAAAAUUGGAUCAAACCGAUACUAUAACUGAAACGACGAGUUUGACGAUUGAAGUUAACAAAGAGAAAGAAAUAAUUGAUGAUAAAAAUAUGGAAGAAACGUCUGUCGAUAAAAUUGAUAACAAUUUGUGCGAAUUGAAAGAGAUCAAUUGUGAGAUUGGUGAAAAAAAUGUUAAAACGUCUGAAUGUUGUUUAAAAAAUGAAUG